AUGAGGAUAUGUUAUGCCGGCCGGGACACUGGGUGGAUAAUCCUGACUUUGUUUGGGGUGGUCCGUGUGGGGGGGACGACGACCAACCAGUCCUCGUUGGAGGAGGCUUCGUUAGAGCCACGGAAGGAAGUUUCGAAGUCGAUGGGGGGACCUGCACUCCUGGGACCUCCACUCUUCGUGAAAGUGUCGACGGAACUGUCCGUCCCACCGCGGACCACCUGGGCUGGUCCUAAUUUAGUUGCCCGGGCGUUAGACGAGUGCUUAGAGAAGGAGAAGAACCUCAAACCGGCCCUCGGGCCAUAUGAGGAAGAAAAGGUUGCGCGUUCGGCUAAGGACGCUAUCCUAAGAGAGCUGAGAGACCUGAGAGACCUGAGAGACCUGAGAGAGCUGAGCAACCGAAAAAGUAAGGCAGGAGACUUGUCGUCAAUUUCCGACUUAUCGUCGAUUUCCGAUCUGUCGAUUUCCGAUCUGUCGAUUUCCGAUCUGUCGAUUUCCGAUUUCGAACGCUGUUCAUGGGCAUGGCUAAAAUUGGCAUUGGUAACGCGUGAGUAUCAACACAAUGAUGGUGGCGGACUGAUCUCACAGUUGGAAGAGUUGGUGGUGCGGCCGCCUGGUUUAUCUGAUACGUGGUUCUUAGCCGGUGUCUUAUAUACAUUUCUGCCUUAUAUGCGUCGGUGGUUGCCGCCGAAGCUCUCAUCCAAGGGUGGUUGGGAUUGCCGGAAGAUGAUUUUUCGGAUCUCCUUUCCAGACGGAGUUGUUCGUUUGCCGGAGAGUGAGGAAUGUGUAAACCGUAUUUGUGCUUACUCAAAGUUAGAAUGGUGGUUCCGUCAGGCUUACACCAAUGCUCACAUUGAUGAGGAAACAUGGAGAGGUCUUUCGAAGCGACAAACCGAGUUCUUCAGAGUUAAGCGGGUUUUGGGUAGGCAAGCGUUUGAUGACGCUAUACAAGCAAUGAGGGUUCGAAUCCCGCCUCCGGCCCAUGUGAAAUUGUCAAAUUUACAGUACCUUUCUUGCUUGCACAAGUACGCUGUUACCACUCCUGAGAAAAUGACGAAGAAAUUUCGGACCCGUUAUCCCAAGGCAACACGUUAUACUCUGCCCUACUCAUCCAGUGACCCUUCUUCGUCCAGUUCUGUUCCACCUGAAGCCAUUCCAUCAGAAGCCAUUCCAUCAGAAGCCAUUCCCUCAGAAGCCGUUCCGACAGAAACUGUUCCGACAGAAGCCGUUCCUGCGCUGUCUGGUUUGUCACCGGCCUCGGUAGAUGUCGAGAGCUCGGUUGCUGCCGACAGGUCGGUUGUUGCGGAGAUGACCAGCUUUAUGGCCCGUGUGCUACAGGAGUGCGCGGAGAGGGAGAGAAAAGAAGGAUAUCUGAUGACGAGUCGGGCGAACGUGGAUAUUGCCAGAUGUGUUCUAAGGAAAUAUGAGCGCGCGUUAAACAAGCUGGGCGGGCGGAGUGGCGGGAAUGGGCAAGUGGAUAGCUGUUUCGACAGCUGCGGGUGGCGAUGGUUGUGUCUGGUGGGAUUGAUGAAUGACUAUUUGGAACCGGAUGAGCUUCACAACUUAAUUGCCGAUAGUGAAAAGAUUGUGCCGAGGCCGAAACAUGUGUCACCAUUAUGGUACCUGGCUUGUCGAAUGCAGACUUGCCUUAGAGUGAAGGUCAUUGCUUCGAGUUUUAAAUGUUGGCUGAAAGCACUUCCGGCAUGGUGGAUACCCAACAGUUUAAUUUACCAGGAUCAUUUCCCACACGCGUUUGGUGAGCUACCGAUGUCUGAUACAUCUGCACGCUUGAUUGCCUUCAGUUCCAGAGCUACACAUUGGCUCGCAUCAGGACUCCGCAAAUUCCAACUGACGUCCAAAACAUGGUCGUCUACUUUACAUGACGACAUGGUGACCAUUUUUCAUACGGUGCUUGGAGACCGGUGGUUCAGUGAGAUGAUAAAUAUAAUCAAACCCAAAAUCUCCGCACUUGCACUUGCCCAAGACGUACAACAAAUGUUACCAGACAAGACCAUCAUGAAAGCCGUCCUCAAGUACGCGGGGUUGGAUCGAAGGGUCGGCGACGCACUGUGUAAAGCAUGGCGGUUGGAUUUGUCCCUGAAGAGACCUGACAUCGCGAACUCGUCUGAUGAUGAAGGGCCGGCGAAAAAAAGAGUGUGCGGCGGAUAA